UAUCCCGACGUCGUUGAUAAAAAGUUUGUAAACAAUAUGCGAUAAUUCAAUACGUAUUGUCUGAGCACGAGACGAGUCGUAUUUGGCUCCAAAUAUUUACUUCUAGUAGUUGUGUUUGAGUUUCGAGUGAUUUAAUUGUGAAAAUUAUUUAAGUUUUCAAAUAUAACGACUAAAUUUUGCAGCUUUUUUGUAGUGUUUCACCAGUGGUGGCUUAUGAAAUAAUUUCAAGUACAAAUUUAAAAUGAAAUCAGCAGUAAUAACACUGUCGCUAAUAACGACGUUUUUGGCACCAGCUUCAGCCGUUUGCCACGCGUGUUUCGACCAUGUGUGCUACACCAGAAAGAAGGUUUUCGAAGGCGCCCAACUGUCAGGUCAGAUCGCCAUAGACCGCAUGGACAACUUGCUGCAUCUCCAUUACAAAGACAUAAGAAACACAGACUAUACAGCAGUAGUGGACCUAAAUUUUGAUAAUCUGAAGAUGAAUACUUUGCCUGUCGCAUACUCUUUCGCACGAGCAAUUAACCAACACACAGGAGAAGUGUAUUUCUCUGGAACUAAAGGCAUUUACAAGUACAGUACGAUGACGAAACAAACUGAACGAUUCGCUCAUUUCAGCAAAACUAUCUGGCACAUGCAAUUUAAGGAUAAGUUGUAUUUUUCUGAAUACCAAAAACAGGGAUUGCAUUAUAUUGAUGGUAAUCGUACAGUGUGCAUUUCUGCUUUGACAGAUUAUGUCAUUGAUGAUUUUAUAGUGGACAAAUUCGAUGAUAUUUAUUUUACGAGCGACUAUUUAGUUUAUAGGUUGAAAAAGGGGGCGACGAAGCCGUGUCUGUUCAGUAAAAUUCUUUAUUCUUUGUCCACUGACAAAAAUGAUAACGCCCACUUUUUGGACGCUAAUACUAGGACGUUAUAUUACCUAGAUUAUCCGCGUGAUUUGUUGAUAGAAUUAGGUAUGUUUGAUGUGGGUACUGUGGUGUUCAGAAUGGUGUUUGACAUUGUCAACGAUAUAAUAUACUGUGACGCGGCUGAUGACAAAGUGUACCUUCUGUACCCGAAUUACGCUCGCUGUUCUUUGACCAAAAAAACUGGGGAUAGUAAACCACAGUACUCAAUUAAUUAAAAAUAUGUUAACUAAUUUUAAGUACUACUAUUAUUAAAUUAAUUUUGUUAAAAUUGUGUGUUUGGUUUGUUAUAAUUUAUAUUCGCGAAUGACGUGUGAUUGCAAUUUAUUUUAAAUAAUAAAACAUUUUGUAAAUAUCAAGCCUUUAUUACUUGUUGUGCUCAUAAUGUUAUGUAAUCAUUUACAUUAUAAUUUUAAUUACGUAGGAUAUAUUGUCAUGGAAUCAAUUGAUUUAUAUUAUACUUGUUUAAUAAAAAAAACGAUGCAACUGUGAAAUUCUAGACCAGAAGAUGAUCCAGUGUUGCCAGUAGAGAAAAUUUUCUCUCGUGUGGUUGCCAGUUACAAAAUAAUAAAAACAAAUAAGUAUAAAAUAAAUCAAUCGCUUUUGGAAUGUUUUAAACUAAGUAUAUGUUCGAAGUAGUAGUAAACAUUAAAUGUAUUUAUGUUUCACAUUAACUUCAAUUUACAUAUCACAAGCAUACGAUAUAGACAUUUAAGAAUAAACUGUAUAUUAUAAAUAACGUUUUUUAAUUCUACCGAAUAACAAUUUUAACCCCAAUAUAAGAAAUAAGAAUAAAUCAACUGGAAUAACAAUUUUUAAACCCAAUAAGAUUAAGAACAAUUUAAAUUCGUUAAUGAUUCAACCGUUUAAAAAAAUACUUGGCAAUUUAAAUUUAACUUACCUAAAAAGAGAAAUACGGCCAAGUGUCAAAUAAGGCCAAGGUUUUAAAGAAAAAUUUUUAUUAAUAAAAAAAAGAAAACUGUGUUAUAGCAGCGAUUCAUAAAAUGCUGUCUCUUUUCUACAUAAGCCGUUUUCACUGUAGUGAAAGAGACAAAAAGUAUUUAGUAAAAACGGUGAUAUAACACAGUUUUGUAUUACCCAAGUUUAAUCAGUCCUUAAAAGCCGCGGCCUGACUACAAGCGUUGAUAUGUCUAUUUAUUCGAGACUAUAAUGACUGCAGGGUUAUGUACUACGAGAAGAUAAUAUUGUUUUAUAUUGAUGGUGUCGACAGAGACAUCAGAUGUUGGUUUUAAUCGAAACCUAUUUAAAUAAAACUCUUGCAAUCAAGCCACAGCCUUACACUACCAAUAUCACCACACCCAUAAGUUAACACUAGAAUUUCAAUAAAUUGUAUAAAAACAUCAAAAUAUUAAUACAAAACUUACGAUAUAAAAAAAAUCAGUACGAUUCUUCAAUUCCGUUGCUGGUUUCAAACAGUAGUGGGACCGUUAACCCUUUACAUGGUAAUGGGAACAUAGUUCCCACUGAUAGUGGGAAAAUAUUUACAUUACCAUUACCUCUAAAAUAACUCCUCAUUUUAAAUAAAUAAUUUUGAUCUUGAAAGCUAAAUUACUUUUCUUAGAUUUUUAGAC